CCAGACCUGGUUCCACUUUUUAUUUUCAGGACAUGUUUGUUGUGUUAGAUCCCAGCAGUGAUAAAAUGCGUGGUUGAUCAAUAGAUGGUCUACAACUCUCAUAAACUGGUCUGCGGGGGUUCAUGAACUCCUCCCUAAGGAGCGUUUAUUGGCGCAAAUGCGUCUUUGGAAACAUCAUGGAGAAGAAAAGGCUCCAACUUUCCCUUUGAGAACUCCAUCAAUUAGCAUCACAAGCCGCGUGCACGUGUCCUACCAGCGUACAAUCGCGCGUUUGCAAAGAAUGACAAGCGCGCGACAAAAGGCUACACGGCGGGAGAAAAGGAGGCCGCAUUUUCACCAGAUGCCCGGCGGGAAAAGGUGGCGCGCGGGUACUUUGUGGAGCGCCCUCGCGGGGGGCCCACGCGCCCGCACCUUUGUGGGGCUUCAAUUGUUCCCACGAGACGAAUUGCUGCGAAUUUAAAUAACAUGUAAAUUUUAUGGGGGCUUCGCUGCCUAUAAAGUCGAACAGCGCCUGCGCGCACCGACAGCUGACAUGCAGCCAGGUGAAGCCAAAGAGCCGCGCGCGCGCAGAACCGCGUUCUCCGUGGAGGACAUCCUGGAUCCGGACAAGUUCAGAGGGAAGCCGGACUGUGGUGGAGCGGCUGCAGGAUCUCGCCAUAUCCGGGUCGAACCCGGACAGGUGCAGCCUCCCCAUGCAGGUGAAGGUGAGCGCAGGGCGCUGCCGGCGGGACCCCUGAAGCCUCAGAGUCAGCUGGAGAAAGGCCGACGGAUGCGCACCGCCUUCACGCUGGAGCAGCUGCAGGUUCUGGAGCACAGCUUCCAGAGGAGCCACUACCUGUCUGUGCUGGAGCGGCACGCCAUCGCCUCAGCGCUCCGCCUGUCCGAGACCCAGGUGAAGAUCUGGUUCCAGAACCGGCGCACCAAGUGGAAGAAGGAGAGUCUGCAGGGGAAGGAGACGGCGCUGUACUGCCAGAUACGCGCCCCCAUCCAGAUCUUUGCGCCGCUGGCGCCUUACCGGCAGUUUUACGCAUGAAGGCGCGCGGAUGAAUUGGCGCGCGGAACAGACUUGGAUUAGCAGAAGAGACGAUAGCAGUGUUCACGUUCAGGACAAAACGAGACUGGACUUAAUUUAUUUUUAUGAGGCAUAAAUAAAGUUUUAUUGAACUUUUGUGAU